UCCAAUAUAACUCUAGAAAAUUGGAGACGGUAAUUUCCAGCACAAGAAUGGAUCUUUUAGGUUUGAUUUCUAAUGCAAAAGACCUCAAGCAAGUAAUGGCCGUUGCAGUUCAGCUGCAUUCUGCUUUUUAGACCAUCCAAUAUUUUAAGUUUCCAUCGAGCAGAUCACCCAUUUCUUUUACUUUUCCCCAUGAAAUUUCUCUUGUUUUACUUGACUAUUGUAGAUUCUUCUGUUACAAGCUUCCUUAUAAUUCCAUACCAUAAUUGAAUUUUUCAAAUAUAAAAUCUACAACCAUCCUCAAUGUAGAACAUUCCCCAAAAUUUUGUUGUUUUAAAUCUUGAAGAAAUUAUUCACUUUCCGGAAUCUAUUAACAUGAAGUAUUCUCUUCAAGCUUUAGCCGUGACUUGCAUCUUGUUUUUCUCGUUCACACAAGGGAAAGCAGAUGAUUAUGGGACUCAAACCGCAGCUGCAGGAGUACUUGAAAAUGAAUAUCUGCCAAAUUAUGGAGGAACAAAUGGAGGAUAUUCAUCGCAAAACGGAGAUUAUCCUCAUGAAUAUGGGGGUGGCACAGCUGAUGCUCAACCUGGCUAUCUUUUCUCUAAAGCUUUGCGAUGUUUCAGCGAUAAGCAGCUGCAGAUAUACAGUAGUUGUGAGGAGGCUUAUAGACUGACUGAGACAGGGGAUCUCAAUGUACCACCUGAAUAUACCGAUCAAUAUUGCAGCGGACCAUGCUUGAAGGAGACACACCUUGUGCUAAAUUGUCUUGGAAAUAUACUGUCAAACUUCAGAUUCUAUAAUAAGGCCACCAUUAGGGUGGUCGAAGAGACUAUCAAGGAAGGAUGUAGUUAUGGCCCUAGAAGAGGUUUCUUCAAUGUUGCUGAGCACAUCCUAGCUGAUGGUGGCACUGCUCUUCGCGCUUCCAAGUUCAUGCUACAUGGUGUUGUUCUUAUGUCUUUGACACACAUUUUCUUCCUUUAAACAAAUGUUGAAGUGAGGGUAUUGAUGGACAAAGUAGCUUAUAGAUUUGACACACAUUCUAGUUUUUGAUGUUGUUCAAUUUGACAAGUGGUAGUGCUGAUAGGUUGUAGUGAACAAAAGCCUAUCUGUUCAUUGUUAGGUGUUGAUCUGGAUAAGAAUGUUUUAAGCUGUAACAUUUAUUUCUUGGAAAUUCUUGUUCCAUUUGGGCCAUUAUUGUAGAUAAGCAGCCUAGAGUGUUUGAUAAUUA